AUGUCGUGUGAAGCCUGUCGUACUAUUCCUCCCGUUACCUCGCAGGGAUAUACCCCCGAGGGUCAUUAUGAGACCAUCGCGGGCCUCAAAACAUAUGUGACCGGAAACAUGGACGGAAAAAUGGGCCUAGUCGACCUGUAUGAUGUCUUCGGGCUCGCCAUUCAGACCCUCCAGGGAGCUGAUCUUCUCGCCGUGCGCCUCAACGCUGUGGUGCUGGUUCCUGACUUCUUCGAAGGUGACCCGCUCAAGCCGGAGUAUGUACCGGCUGAUACGGAGGAAAAGAAAAAAAUAAUAGCAGAAUUUCUGGACAAUAAAGCGUCAUUUUCGCGAAAUGCGGCGCUUCUUUUGGAGGCAGUUGAAGAAUACAAGUCUCGAUUCCCAUCUGUGGGCAAAUGGGGUGCCUUUGGUCUUUGCUGGGGCGGGAAGGUCACAGUGAUAGCCUCAGGUGCCAAUAGUCCUUUUGCUGCCUCGGGACAGGUGCACCCAGGACGUAUGGAUGUGGCUGAUGCUGCCUUAAUUUCCAUUCCCCACAUUGUUUUGGCAUCGAAGGAUGAGCCUGCUGAUGCAGUCACUGGCUACGCUAAAGUGAUCGACAGCAAUGAACUAGGUGGACACGUUGAGACAUUUUCUACCAUGUGGCACGGAUGGAUGGGUGCUCGUGCAGACUUGGAUGGAGAGGAGAGUCGAUCUGAAUAUAUGCGAGGGUAUUUGCAACUAGCUGAAUUUUUCGAAAAGCAUCUCCAGUAG